AUGGCCAGUGUGCAGUCUUCUUUUCAGAGCCUCCAAACACGCCUGCGUCGACAGCUACAGGCAGCCCAGUCCACAAGCGUGCUCGCAGGGAUGGCGCCAGCGCCAUUGAUUAGGAUGCUAGUGCACCUGUACAGCCUCCGCAGUCGAGCCGUGAUCGUGCUGACCAAGCUCGCAAGCCUCUGGGUGCUGUUACAAACGCUGAACUCACUGCGGCGUUCGUCAGCAGCAAGGGCAGCUGGAUAUGCCCCAACUGCAGUGCGCUGCAGUUUUCGCUUUGCUGCUGACAGCGUCUUUGCCUUGCAGCUCCUACAAAUAGUGUCCCAGUGGAAGGAGUCUCACCGACCUGGUCGUCCUCACCCGCUCGGAGCCGGUUCGACAGCGGUUGCGCAUGCGAUGCUCCUGGGCAUCUCCACAACGAAGACUCCUCCAUCGUGCAAUGCGGACGCGUCGGUUGCUCGUGAGUUCAGUCAUUGCAGUGCUCAGUGCUCGGCUUCCUGCGAAGAAAGAGCAUAUCAUCUUGGACAUUGCAGACCUGCAGUACAUGGCCGAAUCUUUCCAGACUACAACGUAUUAUGUCAAUUCUUGGAGUCGUUCGACGCUGAACGCUUGGAUCGAAAGCCAGCUGACUCCCUUCUCCGCAAGGUGAGGCAGCAGCAGUAA